CGACGUGACGUCGAGCUGCCUGCUCGUAUUGUCGGCCUCGUAUAAAGAUCGUGACACUCGUAUAAUCGCGUGAUCGAUCGGUUGCGAGAGGCGGUUACUAAUUGCCGAGUGCGGAUGAUCGGUCUAUAAAUUAGUUAUUGAACGUUCCAAUGAUACCUACGUGACACUUGAUGACUUUCCAAGUUGUGCGAAGCGUCGCUGAGCUUUAUGCAGGUACACAUUAUCUCUAGAUCAUCUACAAUCGAUCAGUUCAAGAUCAGAUAGUUAAUCACAUGAAGAUUUCAUGGUAAUUAGUAGUAAUAUGUAUCAGUGUUGAUUUUGGAAACCUGAUACAUCUUCGUCGCUUUAUAUCUGCAAUCCAUUCGAACCAGUGUUUGUAGCGAAGAUCAUCGUAUCGACUGAGUGAACAUCCAAGCAUCUAAAUUUGACUAGGAUAGUGCGGACGUUGCAAGAACAUAAAUCUUACCGGGAAGUACAAUGUGUUAGAAACUUACAGUGGUCGCAGGAUAUGGCAGCUAUGCAUUACAACGCGCAGAUGGUCUCAGAGGACCUACAUCAGCAUCCGCGGCACCUUUACAAUCUUCAACAGAGACUGCAAGAUCCCGGAUCUUCGCCCAGAUCGGAGGACGCCAGAUCCCCAGUGGACAGCCGAGUGAGAUCGCUAGAGGAAAUGCGUUUCGUAGGUGCCAGAUCACCAGAUGUGGAGGACAGAGUAAUCAGAUACCACGAGGACGCCAGCAACAAGCGUUUCCCCAAAGAUCACGCUGGACCGGCUUUUCCAGGACUCGACAAUCCCAGCAGGAAAUGUUUCAGCGACGAAUUAGCGUCGAGUCGUUGCCGCGAGUCAGGGACAUCCUCUCCCGGAAGAACGUCCUCGCCGCCAAGCUAUAUCCUUAGCUCGUCCAAUCAACAUAGCAACUCUAUCGGCAAAACGUCCUUUUGUAUCGACGCGCUUCUCGGUCGCGCGACAAAGCAAAACGAGAUGGAUCAGUCAUCGGUUGAUCGGCAGAAGUCAUUUUCCAGGAGCCAUGAUGUCCAACCGGACGGUUUAAAUCUCAGCAGUAUUCAGGAACGGGAAUCCCCCAAUACCGCAAGAUGCCCCGGGGACCAGAGGACCACCUUGGGGAAUCCUCUACAUCCUUUUACGCAACACCACGAGUCCAAUUCACCUACUCUGGAAGUCCGAGAGAGACACUCCGCCAAUCGCGAGGCCGUUCUGAGUGGUCUCCAUUCAGGCGAAUCUGGCCUGUCCCUACAACGUGGGCAAUUCAGGCCUGAAACGGGGACCAGCGGCUCGAAUGAUAGACUGGAGAACGUCGAGGACGACACGUCCGUCGACGUGGACCCUACGCGAACCGGAAGCGCUAGUCCUGGUAGUAACACUAGUCGCAGUCCCGCUUCCAGUCCUCCCAUAUCACCUGGUUCAGAAGAUCCGUCCAGUAAUGGAAUCUUGGGCCACCAGAAUCUCGCCGGGCCCUACGGCAUGACCGCGGCGGUAGUCAGGCAGAAUCAGGGUCUCCUACUGCAUCCCGCGGGACCACUCAUCCAUCCUGGAGGACUGUACUAUCAUCCAGCCGGCGGCAGCGCCUUCCAUUCGAUACACAAGGAGGGUCAGCCGAUUGGCCAUCCCCAAUCCGGAGGGCCCCAUCCUCAACAGCAUCACAUCCAUCCACUCCACCUUGAGUGGAUCGCACGGACCGGCAUGUUGUACCCUAGGCUGCCCGCAGAUUUGGCUGGUUGCGCGGCGCAACACGCGUUGCUGGGCAAGACCAGAAGGCCCAGGACCGCUUUCACGUCCCAACAGCUUCUCGAAUUGGAGAAGCAAUUUCGACAGAAUAAAUACCUUAGCAGACCGAAGAGGUUCGAGGUCGCGACGUCGCUAAUGCUCACGGAAACGCAGGUGAAGAUCUGGUUUCAAAAUCGUCGAAUGAAAUGGAAGCGCAGCAAGAAGGCACAGCAGGAGGCUCGCACGAGUGGAAAAGCCGAGGACGCCGGAAGUGCGAGAAGCACGGAGCGAGAUACCGGAAGUGACGCCAGCGUAAACGCACCUGAGACACCGGAGGAAUCUAGAGGAACGCUCCAAGAAAGUCAGAGAACGGGAACGGACCUUCAGGAACCUUUGUAUCGGCCUUAUGUGGUUUAAAGGACCAAAAUGAAGGCGCGUUUAAUUCGUAGAGGAUCAAUAUUUCUCAAAGAAUCGCAAGCAGUUGUGCCACUUACUUUAUUUUACGUAUCAUAUAAUUUGACAACAUACAGAUGAAUCAAAAUAUUUUUCAAUUAAUGUCAUUAGUUGAUUAAGGAAGAAAGGUCGACCAGACAAGAAGAUACAGGAAAAAUCACGGAUGAUUUUUGAUCCUCUAACGUGAUUAAACAAAUGUGGUUAUCAUUAAGCUGAUUGCUCCCUAGAAAAUUAAUUUGUUUAGAGACAAUUGUUUAGGUUACUUCGAAAUCGCAUUCGAAUCUUCAGAUUCGAUUAUUACUAACUAAGUUUCGCUUGUUGACUGUGCGAUUGUUCCUGUAUAAAUAAGUUCACUGUGAAAGGAAUAGAAACUUUCCGCUUUGCUAUCUAUUGUGAUAUAAUUUUGAUAGUCGACUGUGAGUGACAGCAAUUGGUUGCCAUGACUUACCAUCAGGGAUUGAAAUCGGUGUGACAUUGGUAAUUUCAACUAUUCUUGCUGCAGACGAUACGACGAUAAUACAGUUAAUCAUCGUGUUUCUAUCAUCAUAUGAAGUAACACAGGGACUAUUUUGCGUCGAAGUCAUCGAAAUUACACCGAUUCCGACGAGUUGUCGAUUCCUGCUUAUUAUCGACUUCCAGUUUUCUACCAAAAAGAGAAGAAACAAGCCGAUCUCGUGUAUAUAUCUCAUCUGCAUAAUUUACUAUACCAAGAUUCUGUAAAUAAUUAUGAACGAGACGGUAUUCAUGAUCAUUAGCGAUACCUCUCUUGUUAGUUACGAUUAUUAGACACAUUGGGCGUAAUCGCCGGUCCUAGGGAGGCGUCUUGCUCAAAGCAACGGGACACAUCGUGUAAUAAAAUUAUCUCUCAAUCUCGUCCGCCGUAAAAGGCGGACUUUAUCAUGCAUUUGGUGCAUGUUUGUGACGAUUACUAAAAAAUCCGUACACCGCGAUCGUGUAACGAUAUACAGGAGUAAGUCCGCUUCGGGAUCUAGGAAGCCUCGAGACGGAUGCAUUUUAAUCUAAAUCCGUCGUGUACAUAGACAUUCUAGAGACUAUUUAUUCUGUGUUCGCUCGGCUUGUAAGAUAGAGACGCCAGAUAGACGCUGGUACCGCGACGUGUUGUUAAUAUAAACGGUGUAAAGGGACGAUACGAGGAACGAUGGGUCUGUCUGUCCAGGUAUAAGCGUUAUACGAGUAUCCCGUGCGAAUGCGCGAACGAGGAACAUGUAUUUAUGGUAUACGCGAUGUGAGUGUAAAUAUUAUCCGCAUAGGUUCUAAGUUAGUGAAUGCGAUGCAGAUACACGGUAUGAUAUCGCGAGAAGUUCCUAAAUAAAUUAUGAAAUCGAGCAAA